GUGGAAUUGUUUGUUCCCCAGGGAUGAGUUCAACCUGAAACUGACCCUCCUCAGUCAUCAGUGGCAGGGAGUGAUCCGCAGGGCCCAGCAAAGGAGAGGCAUCAUCGACAGCCAGAUCCGCCAGUGGCAGCGCUACCGGGAGAUGGCGGAGAAGCUCCGCAAGUGGUUGGUCGACGUGUCCUACCUGCCCGUGAGCGGUCUCGGGAGCGUCCCCAUCCCACUGCAGCAAGCGCGGACCCUCUUCGACGACGUGCAGUUCAAAGAGAAAGUGUUCCUGCGACAACAAGGCAGCUACAUCCUGACCGUGGAGGCGGGCAAGCAGCUGCUGCUCUCUGCCGACAGCGGGGCCCAGGCCGCCUUGCAGGCCGAGCUCACGGAAAUCCAGGAGAAGUGGAAAGCCGCCAGCGUGCGUCUGGAGGAGCAGAAGAAAAAGCUGGCCUUCUUGUUGAAAGACUGGGAGAAGUGUGAGACUGGAAUAGCUGAGUCUCUGGAGAAACUUCGAACUUUCAAAAAGAAGCUUUCCCUGCCUCUGCCGGACCACCAGGAAGAGCUCAUUGCGGAGCAGAUGCGCUGCAAGGAAUUGGAAACUGCAGUGGGCAGCUGGACAGAUGACUUGGCACAGUUGACGUUACUGAAGGACACCCUCUGUGCCUACAUCAGCGCUGAUGACGUGUCCAUGCUGAACGAACGCGGGGAGCUUCUGCAGAGGCAGUGGGAAGAACUGUGCCGCCAGCUCUCCCUACGGCGGCAGCAGGUCAGCGAGAGACUGAAUGAAUGGGCAGUCUUCAGUGAGAAGAACAAGGAGCUUUGCGAAUGGCUGACUCAGAUGGAGAGCAAAGUUUCCCAGAAUGGAGACAUCCUCAUUGAAGAAAUGAUAGAGAAGCUCAAGAAGGAUUAUCAAGAGGAAAUUGCUAUUGCCCAAGAGAACAAAAUACAGCUCCAACAAAUGGGAGAGCGACUCGCUAGAGCCAGCCACGAGAGCAAGGCCUCGGAGAUCGAAUACAAGCUGGGAAAGGUCAAUGACCGGUGGCAGCAUCUCCUGGACCUCAUGGCAGCCAGGAUCAAGAAGCUGAAGGAGACUCUGGUCGCGGUCCAGCAGCUGGACAAGAACAUGAGCAGCCUGAGGACCUGGCUGGCUCACAUUGAGUCAGAGCUGGCCAAGCCCAUCGUCUAUGAUUCCUGCAACUCGGAAGAAAUACAGAAGAAGCUCCAGGAGCAGCAGGACCUUCAGAGAGACAUAGAGAAGCACAGCACGGGCGUGGCUUCCGUCCUCAACCUGUGUGAGGUCCUGCUGCAUGACUGCGACGCGUGUGCCACCGACGCCGAGUGUGACUCCAUCCAGCAGGCCACGCGGAACCUCGACCGGCGAUGGAGAAACAUCUGUGCCAUGUCCAUGGAAAGAAGGCUCAAAAUUGAAGAGACAUGGCAGUUGUGGCAGAAGUUUCUGGAUGACUAUUCGCGUUUUGAAGAUUGGCUCAAGACUUCCGAAAGGACAGCCGCCUUCCCCAGCUCUUCCGGGGUGCUCUAUACAGUUGCCAAGGAAGAACUGAAGAAAUUUGAGGCUUUCCAGCGACAGGUGCACGAGAGCCUGACCCAGCUGGAGCUGAUCAACAAGCAGUACCGCCGCCUGGCCCGAGAGAACCGCACCGACUCCGCCUGCAGCCUAAAGCAGAUGGUCCACGAAGGCAACCAGCGAUGGGACAACCUGCAGAAGCGCGUCAGCUCCAUCUUGCGCAGACUCAAGCAUUUCAUUGGCCAGCGUGAGGAGUUUGAGACGGCACGGGACAGCAUUCUGGUGUGGCUGACGGAGAUGGAUUUACAGCUCACUAAUAUUGAGCAUUUUUCCGAGUGUGAUGUUCACGCUAAAAUAAAGCAGCUCAAGGCCUUCCAGCAGGAAAUUUCGUUGAACCACAACAAGAUCGAGCAGAUCGUUGCCCAAGGAGAGCAGCUGAUUGAGAAGAGCGAGCCCUUGGACGCGGCGGUCAUCGAGGAGGAGCUGGACGAGCUGCGGCGCUACUGUCAGGAGGUCUUCGGGCGCGUGGAGAGAUACCACAAGAAGCUGAUCCGCCUGCCUCUCCCAGACGAUGAGCACGACCUCUCUGACCGGGAGCUGGAGCUGGAGGACUCGGCAGCUCUCUCAGACCUCCGCUGGCAUGACACCUCCGCGGACAGCGUGCUGUCCCCCCAGCCUUCCUCCAACCCCUCCCUCUCCCUCGCCCAGCCCCUCCGGAGCGAGCGGUCAGGACGAGACACCCCUGCCAGUGUGGACUCCAUCCCCCUGGAGUGGGACCAUGACUAUGACCUCAGUCGUGACCUGGAGUCUGCCGUGUCCAGAACUCUGCCCUCUGAGGAUGAAGAGGGUCAGGAAGACAAAGAUUUCUACCUCAGGGGAGCUGUUGGCUUAUCAGAUGUCAGGAUCCCCGAGAGCCCCGAGGCCUAUGUAAAACUCACAGAAAGUGCCAUCAGAAAUACCUCUGGGGAUCCCAGUGCCUUAGAGUCACAGAUCCGACAACUGGGCAAAGCCUUGGACGACAGCCGCCUUCGGAUGCAGCAAACAGAAGAUAUCAUCCGCAGCAAAACUCCCACAGGACCAGAGCUGGACGCCAGCUACCGCGGCUACAUGAAACUGCUGGCGGAGUGCAGCGGCAGCAUCGACUCGGUGAGGAGGCUGGAGCACCAGCUGAAGGAGGAAGAGGAGAACUUCCCUGGCUUCGUGAACCUGAACAGCACUGAAGCCCAGACGGCCGGUGUGAUUGACCGGUGGGAGCUCAUCCAGGCGCAGGCCCUGAGCAAGGAGCUGCGGAUGAAACAGAACCUCCAGAAGUGGCAGCAGUUCGGCUCCGACCUGAACAACAUCUGGACCUGGCUGGGGGCGACGGAGGAGGAGCUGGAGCGGCUCCGGCGCCUGGAGCUCAGCACCGACAUCCAGUCCAUUGAGCUGCAAAUAAAAAAGCUCAAGGUGAGCUGCCCUUGGCCUUUCCCAGAGCAGCCAGACAGGUGCUCCCUGCUGGAGGAGUGGCGGGGCUUGCUCCAGGUCUCGCUGAUGCAGUGUCAGGAUUUCCAUGAGAUGAGUCAUGGCUUGCUUCUCAUGCUGGAGAACAUCGACAGGAGGAAAAAUGAAAUUGUUCCUAUCGAUUCUCACCUCGAUGCAGAAAUACUGCAGGACCAGCACAAGCAGCUUACGCAAAUAAGGCAGGAGCUCUUAGAAUCCCAGCUCAAAGUGGCCUCGCUGCAAGACAUGUCUUGCCAGCUGUUGGUGAACGCUGAAGGCACAGACUGCUUAGAAGCCAAAGAAAAGGUCCAUGUGAUUGGAAAUCGGCUCAAACUGCUCUUGAAGGAGGUCGGUCGUCACCUCAAGGAGCUGGAGAAGUUACUGGACAUGUCGAGCAGUCAGCAGGAUCUGUCCUCCUGGUCUUCUGCUGAUGAACUGGACACCUCGGGAUCUCUGAGUCCUACAUCAGGGAGAAGCACCCCAAACAGACAGAGAACGCCACGAGGCAAAUGUAGUCUCUCACAGCCUGGACCCUCUGUCAACAGUCCACAUAGCAGGUCCAUAAAAGGUGGCUCCGAUUCCUCCCUUUCUGAGCCUCAGCCAGCUCGGUCGGGCCGAGGUUUCCUGUACAGAGUGCUCAGAGCGGCCCUUCCCCUUCAGCUGCUCCUGCUGCUCCUCAUCGGGCUCGCCUGCCUGGUACCAAUGUCCGAGGAAGACUACAGCUGUGCCCUCUCCAACAAUUUUGCCCGAUCAUUCCAUCCCAUGCUCAGAUACACGAAUGGCCCUCCUCCCCUCUGAAGCAAGCAGAUGCCAUCUGCAGCGGUGCUGGUCGUGCAAGGAGGGUUUAGCCCAAAGCCAACCCAAACUAGCAAAAGGAGCACCUGGAUGCUGGCGAAGGCCUUCGGAGUGGUGGCGUUAGCCAUGUGUCCAAAUCAUGGCUUCGGAGGUGGAUGAUAAACAAUGACAGAAGGAGAGCAAAUAGAAGGUGUGGAAGAAAUGUUUGAAACUCUGAGCCUCAGUACUAAAGAGAUGAAGUACCUCCAACGUUCCCUGGACACGUGUGUCCUGGGCCUUUGGCCUGUUCUAUGCACAGCCAGGACUUUAGCACACCAUCUGGGCAAGUUUCCCACGGUGUGCCCCAUCCAUUCAUUAAAUGACGCCACCUGAGCGCCACAUUGGUAUCGAACGGUCUACCAACCAACCAGUGCUGAGCCUUGUAACAUACAAUUUUGAAGAGCUUAUAUGGCAGCUUUCCUUUUGCCUUGUUUUCCUUUGGGGCAUGAUAUUCUAACCUUUGCUUUAGAAGCACAAGCUGUAAAUCUAAAAGGCACUUUUUAAAAAAGUAUAAAGAAAAACUGGAUGUAAUAAAUAAAAUCAUGGAAGGAUUUAUGUGAAAAAAAGUUGAAUGUUAUAGUAAAAAAAGAGAUAUUUAUGUAUGUACAGUUUGCUAAAGCCAAGUUUUGUUUGUAUUGAUUUCUUUGCAUUUAUUAUAGAUACUAUAAAAUA